CUCAUCCCCGUAAGCAGACAUGACGUCUUCCGCCUCGUCCGUAGUGACGGCUGCGAUUUUUCUCUUCCUUUCGUAUCAGAGUGUGAGCGGGAAGGACUGUGCGUGCGAGCUGAAGACUUUACAGCGUCCUUUCCCCAUGAAGCAGCUGGACUCCGUCCGCACUGUGGCUGAGCGCUGCAGCAGGAGCAUCACGUCUACACAGAUAACAGAGGCAGAUGUACAGAUGCAGGGAGUUCAGCGUCGGCUGCAGCAGCUGGAGGAGAGCGUGUCUGUGUUGGAGAAUGAGGAUGAUGGUGAUCUGUACAGUGCUGUUUCCUUGCGAAUGAUUGAGUUAGAGUUUGCUGAGUUCCAGGUGGUUCUGGGAAAACUGAAGAACUCCAUCAAGUCCCACAAGCAGCUCAGCGAGAGCACAACAACCAAGCUGAGGAACAUGACAGAGAGCCUGCAGGAGCUGGAGGACUUCGAUCUUUUGCAUGUAGUGAGAAAUCAGCGAGAAAUUCGGCGCCUGACGAGAGAGUUGGCCGAGUGUCAGCAUGAGCUUCAGCCUCCCACCGCUCAGCCGCACUGUCCACAAGGCCAACUGGUGAAAGUGAAUGGGCCUAGAACUUACUCCCUCACCCAGUAUGGGACCUCGUACCCUUAUGGCGCUUGGGGAAAAGACCCAAAACCUGCUCCAGGAAAGGAGGCCAUGUACUGGCUGGUGGCUCUGACCAGCAGCAAAGCUUAUGCCAACUACGUGCGGCAUUACAGCAGUUUAAGCGCUAUACUGGUAGGUGUGGGUCCUAUGGACAGUGUUAUUUCUUCUUCAAACCCCACCACAAACACCAUCAUCGGCCCUAACGUGGUGCAGUACGGAGAUGCGCUAUACUACGGCUGCUAUAAUACACCUUCCGUGUGUCGCUUUAACAUCUCCUCCAAGUCCGUCACCAACACACCGCUUCCACAAAAUUCCGGCUUCAACAACAAGUUUCCUUUCGGACACUUGGACGCCACUUACAUCUACACAGACUUGGAUUUCUCCACCGAUGAAUCUGGUGUCUGGGUCGUCUACACAGCACCGGAGAAUUUUGGCAACGUGAUCCUUAGCGAGGUGAUAGAAGGAAGUCCACCGUCUUUGGGCCGGACGUGGCGGACAUCGCUGCAUAAACGUACCGCCACUAACACGUUCAUGGCAUGUGGAGUUCUUUACGCCACACGCUUCCUGGACAAACAGACGGAGGAAAUCUUCUACUCAUUCGACACAGAGACAAAGGAGGAGCGUUAUGACCUGAAGAUCCACCUGAAGAAAAUGCAGACCAACAUCCAAUCGCUGCAUUACAACCCACGGGAGCGAACGCUGUACGCCUACAGCGACGCAUACAUCGUCUCGUAUGAUGCUGUUCUUUGCUCCUGUGAUAAAUAAAUGAACAGAACCUUGUACAGAUGUGUGUCAUAAACACACAGCCUGCUUUCUCUAGAUGCUUUCCAAAAGUCAUUACAGAUUUUCUUUGUUAUUGU